AUGGAAUCAAGACGGUAUGGACCGAAUAUUAUAGUUACGGGAACACCGGGAUGUGGGAAAUCGUCUACUUGUGAGCUUUUAAAAAAUAAAUUGAAGGGCUACAAAUAUUAUAACAUUUCGGAUUUUGCCAAGGAUAAUGACUGUUUUGAAGGAUAUGAUGAGGGUCGUAAAUCACACAUUGUCGAUGAAGACAAAUUGCUGGACAUGCUAGAGCCACUCUUGAGACAGGGAAACAGUAUUAUUGAUUGGCAUGUGAAUGACGUGUUCCCAGAGAGGCUCAUUGACUUGGUAGUGGUUUUGAGAUGCGACAACUCUAAUUUAUAUUCAAGAUUACAUGCGAGAGGGUACCAUGACUCCAAGAUCGAGGAAAACCUCGAUGCUGAGAUUAUGGGCGUUGUCAAACAAGAUGCCGUGGAGUCAUACGAACCACACAUUGUGGUAGAGCUACAAAGCGAUACAAAAGAAGACAUGGUAUCUAACGUAUCUCGUAUUGUUACCUGGGAAAAGAUGUGGAUGGAACAACAUCCAGAUGGUGUAACGAAUGAGUAUCAAGGGCCUCAUAGUGAUGACGAAGACGAUGAAGACAGUGAUUAA